AUUACACCAAUCGCACCAAUCUUUUUCUUCAUAUAUUUACCAAAAAGCCAACCUCAUCUCCCUAUAUAAACCCCCUUCCCCCAUCGCUUAAGACCUUCUUUCGUCCACUUUUGGUUCUACACCUGAUAGAUUGAUUUGCGUUUAAUUGCUGAAGACACUGUUUGGAUUUGGAUCUACAAAACGAACAAAUUUGUUUAAUUGUUUAUUGACGAGGUUUCACAAAUAUUCUUUAUGUUGGUCUCAAAUACUUCAUGAUCCUCAUGCGUCGUAUUCGCAUUAUGCACUCUUUCUCCGUUGUAUUCCUGUACUGGUUCUAUGUGUUUUCAUGAACUAGCCCCCAUCAAACUUUGAACGCUCUUCCUGUUUGAUUUAGAAAUUAGAAGUACCAAAUUUAGAAGCCAAAUUUUAUUGAUUCCAACAAGAAAACAGUAGAUACCCCUUCCCCUUCUUUUAAUUAUUAUUGAACGACACAAGACAUGGCUUCAGCUCAGCAACCAGCUAGUUCGGGCUCUGAUGGCCAGAGAUAUGCUAAUUAUGAUGAGAGAAAACGAAAGAGAAUGGAGUCCAACCGUGAAUCUGCAAGGCGGUCACGGAUGAGGAAACAGCAGCAUUUGGAGGAGUUGAUGAGUGAAUUGACGCAGCUGCAAAAUCAGAACACUAUUUGGAGCCAGAGGAUUGAUGCUGUUGGAAAAAACUAUCACACAGUCGAAGCAGAGAACAAUGUCUUGAGGGCUCAAAUUGCUGAACUGACUGAACGCUUGGAUUCCCUUAAUUCGCUCACUCGUUUCUGGGCUGAUGCUAAUGGACUUGCUGUGGACAUCCCUGAAAUUCCAGACGCUUUGCUUGAGCCCUGGCAGCUCCCUUGCCCAAUUCAACCCAUCACUGCCUCUGCUGAUAUGUUGCAGUUUUGAGCAUCCUCUUAGCACUAUUGAACUACCAUGAUCUUAGCUCUGGCUUAACGGGGUGCUCCUUGUAUUCUCUUUGAUUCGAUUACAUGCAAUAGUUGCAGCGGAAGGAGAACCUUGUCGCUGGUUGCUUGAGUUUUCCUUCACGCAGUCGCUACUUUUUGUUUAUUUGCAAUGUGAGUCUUAGUAGCUUUCCUUUGUAUUAGCUUUGUGUUUAGCUUGGUCGAUUAGCAGUUUCUCUAGUACUUUGUCAUAAUCUUUGCUCUCUAGUUUUAUAUAUAUAUAUAAAUAAAUCUCGAGUUGUGUGAACAA